GAGUCCUCAGGGAGAUCUGUGUGGUGGAUCAAUUCUGGCUGUGUUCAGUCUGGAUCUGCUCUGAGGGAGUGUGUAACAUCAUGGCUCUCUUUAUCCUCCAUGGAUCUCACCUGCUCAGACUCUAUCAGGCUGGUGAAUGGGACCAGUCUGUGCUCAGGCAGACUGGAGGUGAAGUCUGACCAGUCUAACCAGAGCUGGUCCACAGUGUGUGAAGCUGACUUUGACCAGCAGGAUGCAGAGGUUGUCUGCAGGGAGCUUGGCUGUGGGGCUCCUUCAGUCCUCCAGGGGGCGCUCUAUGGAGAUGUGGAGACUCCAAUGUCGACAAAAGAGUUCCAGUGUGGAGGAAAUGAGUCUGCUCUCCUGGACUGUAGAAGCUCAGGAUCAGAUAGAAACACAUGCUCACCUGGCAGAGCUGUUGGACUCACCUGCUCAGAAUCUGAUAGUUUGAGGUUGGUGGGAGGAGACAGUCGCUGUGCAGGAACACUGGAGGUGAAACAGGGCGAGUGGAGACCAGUGGAUGGCACUGACUGGUCCCUGAAGGAAGCAGAUCUUGUCUGUACAAAGUUAGACUGUGGCUCUGCUGUUUCUAUAACACGGAGAGAGGAGUCCUCAGAGAGAUCUAUGUGGAGGAUUAGGUCUGAUUGUGUUCAUUCUGGAUCUGCUCUGAGGGAUUGUGUAACAUCAUCACUGAGUUCUUCCCCCUUCCUUAAUAUCACCUGCUCAGAUUCUGUCAGGCUGGUGAAUGGGACCAGGUUGUGCUCAGGCAGACUGGAGGUGAAGUCUGACCAGUUAAACCAGAGCUGGUCUUCAGUGUGUGAAACUGACUUUGACCAGCAUGAUGCAGAGGUGGUCUGCAGGGAGCUUGGCUGUGGGGCUCCUUCAGUCCUCCAGGGGGCGCUCUAUGGAGAAGUGGAGAUUCCAAUGUGGACCAAAGAGUUCCAGUGUGGAGGAAAUGAGUCUGCUCUCCUGGACUGUAGAAGCUCAGGCUCAGAUAGAAACACCUGCUCACCUGGCAGAGCUGUUGGACUCACCUGCUCAGAUCCUGUAUGGUUGGUGGUAGGAGACAGACGCUGUGCAGGAACACUGGAGCUGAAACGUCAGGGAGAGUGGAGACCAGUGGAGGGCUCUGACUGGAACCUAAAAGGAGCAGAUGUUGUCUGCAGAAAGUUAGACUGUGGCUCUGCUGUUUCUGUAGCACGGAGAAAGGAGUCCUCAGAGAGAUCUAUGUGGAGGAUCAGGUCUGACUGUGUUCAGUCUGGAUCUGCUCUGAGGGAGUGUGUAACAUCACUGCGUUCUUCCUCCUUCCUGAAUCUCACCUGCUCAGAAUCUUUCCAGUUUCUCUGUGUGGAGAUCAAAGACUGUGGAGUUCCUCAGCAGAAGGAACAGAACAGACAAUAUGCAGAUUAUGAUGUUGUGUUGUUUGUAAUCAUGUUGAAAGUAUUCAAAAAUGGAUAACAACUAGGGAUGGGUACCUUUCACAUUUGAACCGAUACGGUACCGAUACCCGGUACCUGGGAAUCGGUAUCGGUACUCAGCGGUGCCAACUUUCGGUACUUUUGCAUUUGUUUAUGUGGUAAUAAAUGUUAAUUUGUUUAAUAAUAAAAUCAAUUUUUU